CGCCGAGGGCCCUGGGCUGCGGCCCGCCUCCGGCCCGCCCCCUGUGCCUGCGGCGUGGGGAGCCGGGCUGAGGCGGAGCGGGGCAACCGAGGGGCCGGCGGCUGGGCUCGGUUUCCUGCUCAGUGGGCGUCGUUGGGGCCCCGGCGGGCCCCGCCCCCGCGCCGCCCACCCCGGGCUCCAGCUGUCACUCAAGGCGGCGGGCUGAGGCCGGCGGCAGCAGCGGGCGGAGAGAGAGGCAGCUACGCCACAGCCCAGCGGCGGCCAUUCGUGGAAAAAUAGGCCGUCCCGCUCCUCCCAGCUCCGGCUGCGACCGGCCUUCUCCCCGCUACCCCCACCCCACCCUCCGCCUCCUCCUCCUCCUUCUCCUCCCCCCUAGAGCGGCGCCUCAGCGGGGCAUUAAUGCGGGAUGAGCGAUCAAAAGAAGGAGGAAACUAUGCCCACAGAGGGAGAGAAAUCUCCCGAGGCAGAGAAUAACAACAAUAAUAAUAAAAAAGGGAAAACUGGAGGCUCACAGGAUUCUCAGCCUUCACCUCUUGCUUUGCUAGCAGCCACUUGCAGCAAAAUAGGAACUCCUGGUGAGAAUCAAGGAACUGGACAGCAGCAGAUUAUUAUAGACCCAAAUCAAGGUUUGGUGCAGCUUCAGAAUCAGCCACAACAGCUGGAAUUGGUAACGACUCAGCUUGCUGGAAAUGCUUGGCAGCUCGUUGCUGCUGCUCCUUCUGCUUCAAAAGAAAAUAAUGUCGCUCAGCAAGGAUCUUCUGUUGCCUCAAGUGCAGCAAGUCCCUCCAGCAGUAACAAUGGAAGUGCAUCUCCUUCAAAAACCAAAUCAGGCAAUUCAUCUGCAACGACCCCUGGACAAUUCCAAGUCAUUCAAGUACAGAACCCAAGUGGUAGUGUCCAGUACCAAGUGAUUCCACAGGUUCAGACAACAGAAGGUCAAAUCAAUCCCUCCAAUGCUACUGGUCUCCAAGACAUACAGGGUCAAAUUCAGCUUAUUCCUGCAGGGAAUAAUCAAGCUAUCCUCACAACUGCAAACAGGACAGCUUCAGGAAAUGUUAUUGCUCAAAACCUAGCAAAUCAGACAGUUCCAGUCCAAAUUAGGCCCGGUGUUUCCAUACCACUGCAACUGCAAACUAUUCCUGGUACUCAGGCACAAGUUGUAACAACGCUACCUAUAAACAUUGGUGGGGUAACACUGGCUUUGCCUGUGAUUAACAAUGUUGCCACCGGAGGAAGUUCGGGGCAAGUUGGCCAGUCUACUGAGAGUGGAGUUUCCAAUGGAAAUCAGCUGGCGUCUACGCCUGUCACUUCUGCCUCUGGUAGUACCAUGCCAGAGUCUCCUUCCUCAUCUUCCACUGCUACAACCACUGCCUCAACAUCUCUGACUAGCAGUGACACACUGGUAAGCUCUGCAGAAACAGGCCAGUACACGAGCGCAGCGGGCAGCAGUUCAGAGCAGGCAACUGAAGAUCCUCAAACAACUGCUACAGACUCCGAAGCCCAGAGCUCCAGUCAGCUUCAGUCCAAUGGACUACAGAACGUCCAGGAUCAGUCAGGUUCCCUUCAACAGGUCCAGAUCGUAGGUCAGCCUAUUCUGCAGCAGAUACAGAUCCAGCAGCCUCAACAGCAGAUUAUUCAGGCUAUUCCUCCACAGUCAUUUCAGCUCCAGUCAGGGCAGACUAUACAGACCAUCCAGCAGCAGCCUUUGCAGAAUGUUCAGCUGCAGGCAGUGAGCCCAACUCAGGUGCUCAUCAGGGCUCCAACUUUAACACCAUCAGGACAGAUCAGCUGGCAAACUGUGCAGGUUCAGAAUCUACAAAGCCUUUCAAAUCUGCAAGUUCAAAAUGCUGGGUUACCCCAACAACUAACCAUUACUCCUGUGUCUUCAAGUGGUGGCACAACCAUUGCCCAGAUUGCUCCGGUGGCUGUUGCUGGUACCCCCAUCACUCUGAAUGCUGCCCAGCUUGCUUCAGUACCUAAUCUUCAAACAGUAAGUGUUGCCAACCUGAGUGCUGCAGGUGUUCAAGUUCAAGGAGUUCCUGUUACCAUUACCAGCGUUGCGGGUCAACAGCAAGGACAGGAUGGAGUAAAAGUACAGCAAGCCACAAUAGCUCCUGUAACGGUAGCAGUAGGUGGCAUUGCUAAUGCAGCAAUUGGUGCUGUUAGUCCCGAUCAGAUAACACAAGUGCAGCUUCAACAAGCUCAACAAGCUUCUGACCAGGAAGUGCAGCCUGGCAAGAGACUGAGAAGAGUUGCCUGCUCAUGUCCUAAUUGCAGAGAGGGAGAAGGAAGAGGCAGCAAUGAGCCAGGAAAAAAGAAACAGCAUAUCUGCCAUAUUGAAGGUUGUGGAAAAGUUUAUGGCAAGACAUCUCAUCUUCGGGCACAUCUGCGCUGGCAUACCGGUGAAAGACCAUUUGUUUGCAACUGGAUUUUUUGUGGCAAGCGAUUCACAAGGAGUGAUGAGUUACAAAGGCAUAGAAGAACCCACACAGGUGAAAAGAGAUUUGAAUGCCCAGAAUGUUCUAAAAGGUUUAUGCGAAGUGACCAUCUCUCAAAACAUGUCAAAACUCAUCAAAACAAGAAGGGUGGUGGAACAGCCCUUGCUAUAGUUACCUCAGGAGAACUGGACUCUUCAGUUACUGAGGUUCUUGGUUCUCCAAGAAUUGUCACAGUUGCUGCCAUUUCUCAAGAUUCAAACCCAGCAACCCCUAACGUUUCAACAAACAUGGAAGAAUUCUGAAAGGAUCAUUUAUAUGGACACCUAGUGCUGCACUUAAGUUUACAUACCUUUCAGGAUAUGGAAGUGGGCUGGUAAAGUGGAUUACAGAGCAGGAAAUCUUUUUUUCAGUCAUGACUUCUGUAAGUGUUCCAGUUUGGAGGGUCAGCAUGGGAAGUGUACACCGGUGCAACAAGACAAAAAUUUCAAAAAUACAAACAGCGCAAAUUGAUGACUGGAUAAACAGAUAGAGGAAUAAUAUUUCCAUACUGUACUUUUUUAGUUAUAUAUCUGUAUAUUCCGUAACAAUUUUAAGUGAUCUUUACCCCCCUAUUUUAGCACUGUAUGUUAAUGUGUUUAUGAAAUCUGAUAGUAUCAAUGUAAAACUGGGUGGACCUUGACUAGGAUUAAUACCAUUUGAUGAAGGCACUUUGUUUUUAACAUAAAUUUGUAAUAUUUUAAUGAGAGCAUCCUUUUCCCAUAAGGCACAGCAAAACAGAACACAGGAUGAACAACAGUGGACAUAUUUUGGGGUUUUGCUCAGUCCAUACAACACAUCAGUUAAUUUUGGCCAUCUUUUCUCAAAUUUUGGAAUUACUCAAAUAGCAGCUGGAUGAUGCAUGCUGCAAAGUGGUUCUGAGGUGGGCCUCAGAUUAAUUUUGACUACUACAUUAUAGUAGUGUGUAUAAAUGACAAUCAGUGAGCUCUAAUUCCUCUCUUUGUGCGGACAGCUAGGCUAUGUAGAAUUAGUCUAAACAGUAGGAAAGAUAAAACCAUAGAAAGAUAUUAACAUAUGAUUUACAAAAGUAAUGAUAUCUUUAUGUAGAAUGAAAAAAAAAAUUGUGUCAAUUUUUGGUAACUCAUUUCAUUUUAUAUUUCCCUUCCCAUGGCGAAGAGGUUGGAACUAGAUGAUCUUUAAGGUCCAUUCCAACCCAAACCAUUCUGUGGUUGUAUGAUUCUGUAUUUUAAAUCAUCUGUGGCCCAUUUCUAACUCAUAGAUAACUUGAAUCUGAAAAACUCGACCUUAGGUGUUUGAUUGUUUUAAUUUUGUUAGAACUCAUGGAAAUCAAUCAGACAACUGAGUGUUGUCCAAUAUCUUCUCUCUGUAAAUACUAGUUUAUUAUGUUGUGGUUAAUGUGCUGAGUUCUUUGUGCUUUGACUUAAUAGCCAAAGAAAAAAAGUGAUCACAUUUUAAUAAGGAAAGAAAUAAGUAAACAUUUUCUCUUUCCCCUUAAAUAUUGCCAUCUCUUUUCUCUUCAAGGAUAAUAUGUAGGCUGGUAAUAAAUAUCUGUUAUUUAUCAAGUCUUAUGUUGACCCUCCAACCACAAAACAAACUGGGAAAAGAGAAAUAUUAUCAUCUUUUUGGGACAUGACUUUUGAUUUCAAAGGUUGAUUACAUUUUCAGAUGUGACAGUGAAUAUAGAGGAAAAGUAAAAAAAAAAAAAAAAAAAAGAAAAAACAACAAUAAAAAUUGCAUUUUCUAUGUGAAAAUUAGUAGUAGGUACAAGGAGGAAAGAUGGCCAAAUAUUUCAUACUCAGGAUUUUUAAUUACUUCCCCUAGGCAUAAAUCUAGGCAUAAAUAUAACCUUUUACAUCUACAGUCACUUGUUAAUAAAUUCUCAUGACCAGUUUUUAAGGAGAUUUAUACACCAAAAUAUUUUAAUGUAACUGAAGGAAGUACAGUGCAAGAAGAACAAGAUGAUUUUUUCCCCUACAAAUUAUGAAAGGAAGAAUGUGUGUGGUAGCUGUUAGCUUGCAAGAUGUAACAGGUACCCUGUGCAUUCCCUAAAGAGCAUAUACUUCUCAUCUGAACAAUUUAUCAAUCUUGUGGUGUUAUCUGUAUUUUUGAAGCAAAAGAAAUACCAUUGUUUACACUGUGUACACUUUAGGCCAGCCCUUUGUAGCAAAAUACUAAGCUGAGGGUAUUUUAUACUUUCAGUUUACAUAAAAAGCUUUGAGAUUAAAGAAAAACAAUUUUACACUGUGGUUAUAAAUUUCAAGUUUCUUAAAGCUUUUUUAGACUUGUAACAGAGUCUUUAAAUUUUAGUUGGGUUUUGUACAUUAUUUUGUAUAUUUUAUUUAAAGUACUCUUAACUGAUGUAUCUGGAUUUAAAAUGUCAGAAUCAAUUAGGUGUUACAUUUAAUACAGAUGAACAUUAGGUAGUAUUAACUGUUAAUUUUAUUAUAAAGGAAAUGAAACGUCAAAGAUAUAUUUUAUCAUUAUGCUUCACAAUCAGUGCUCUACAUUACUUUAUGCAAAGAACUUUCCUAAUGUUAAUAUCAUAUUUCCUAAAAGUUAACAGUUUUGUAAACUGAAGUUACAAGCAUUCUGCACAACCAUUUCAUAUGUAAUUUUUUCAUGCAUACUUAUGUAUGCAGAUAGGAAACUGAAGUAAUUUUUAAUCUGCAAUGAAUCCCUAUUAUAGAUGUAUCCAAAUCUAAAUCUGGUUGGCUUCAUAGCAUCUCAAGUACAUUAACUUGUGUUAGCAGGUGCACAUUUUACCGCUGGAAUUAGAAACAUUCUGCCAGUCUGUUCUGCAUACCAUUCUGAAUCCACUUUUCUGUCUUAAAAGGAUCGUAAAUUUCAAUGUCCUUUAUUUGACUCAGUGGGAUAUAGCUGUUGUAAGUAAUAGGGCACAGAUGUGCAGUAGUAUCUUGUUUAAUGGCAUUUCACUGUUCAUUCCCUUUGCCACCAUUAAAAAUUUUGCUUUAUUGUAAUUAUCAGUGCAAAGUGUAUUUACCAUGGUAGAACUCCAGUGUUAGAAUAGUUUUUUUCUUACAAUAUACUUUCUUUGGUUAGGUUUGUGUAUGUGUUGCUGAUUACAUUAGCAAUUGGUGUUAAGUCAUUAUUUAUCACAUUCUUUCACGAGAGCAGUAAUAAAAGUGUGUAAUCUAGGAGAAAAAGUUAAUUUGUCAAAGUUAAGUAAGCAUGAUGUUUAGGUCCUAUUUUUCAAUUUUAUAACUGUUUUAUUGCAACAAUAUUUGUAUUUAAGUCUUCA